AGUCCGCGUUCAGCCGGCGACUCGAAGGCCGCUGAAAAAAAAAACUGUCGGUCAUCGAAUAAGAGAAUUGUCUCUUUUAAAAAGGGUCCAAAAUUCCGUUCAACGUUAGUGAAACGAUACAAAAAGUGCAAAAGUUGAUAUUAGCGUACGCGUAAAGCAAAGAUCGUAAAAAGGGGGAGGGCCCCUUGGGGGCCUCGGACAAAAAUCUUAAACGUGAAAAGAAAAAAACCUUAAAGGAAACCGAGUGGAAAAUUUUCGGAAAACAAAAUGGAACAAUUCGAACAACUAUUAACUUGCGCCAUCUGUUUGGAUCGCUACCGAAAUCCAAAAUUGUUACCAUGCCAACACAGCUUUUGCAUGGAACCUUGUUUGGAAGGACUCGUGGACUACGUAAGAAGACAGGUAAAAUGCCCAGAAUGUCGUGCAGAACAUCGGAUACCGUACCAAGGAGUUCAAGGAUUCCCCACGAACGUAACGUUGCAACGUUUCCUCGAACUUCACAUCGAAAUUACCGGGGAACUCCCAGAUCCGACGAGCGGACAAAUAAUGGAACGAUGUAAUGUGUGCUCCGAAAAAGCUUAUUGCAGCUUUUGCUCGCAUUGUGAUAAAAAAAUUUGCGAGGAAUGCAAAGGAGCCCACAUGGACAUCCUCAGGAGAGAAAUUACUAGGAUAAAUAAUCAAAUUCGUCGCGGAAUCCACCGCUUACAAGACACCUUAGCGUUGGUUGAGAAAAACACUCAAUCGAUUCAAAUGAAUUGUUUGUCGGUUAGCGAAGAAGUCGAAGAAAUCCAUCGGAGACUCGCGAAAGCUUUAAAAGAUCGCACCGAGUACUUAAGAGGCGAAUUAGAUCGCUACUUAGGAACGGAAUUGCGCAGCAUGACCACUCUUAAAGAUAACCUUGAACUUGAAAUUGGAAACAUCAUAAGCAAUUGUGAUUUAGCUGAUAAACACAUGAACGAGAACGUUAAUUGGGAUGAUUGCGAGUUGAUGGAUGCAAAAGAAAUAUUUUUAAAAACGGUCGAAUUCAUCAGAAACUUCGAGUACGAAGCUUCAGAUUAUUCGAGAAAAGUCCGAUUGAUUUUAGCGCACGAUCCAAAUCAAUUGGUUCUUCACGUUGCCGGAUUUGGCGAUUUAAACAUCCCAAACACUUCGCAUUCAAGUUUCGGCACCGGAAGUCAUCUUCAACCACCCGGAGGUGGACCCGGAUUAAUGCGCUCAAAAAGCGAUCAUCGCCUUGCUUCGCAAUUUCGUCAACAAGAAGAAAGAGGUUACGGCGAAACUGAUGAUGCACCAUUAGGCGGCCGAAAAUUUGGCGACAGACCAAAACAAACCGAGCGUUACAAUCGAUAUGGAACAACCACCGAUUACGGCGUUGAUGAUUAUGACACCGAAUCAUCGAGACCAGCUCGAUCAAGGUAUCGAUCAAGGUUUAAUCGACACGGUGAUGACUCAGACACGGAAACUUCGUCUUCGCGAGUUCGUUUUACGGAACAUAAAGAAAGAGAGCGCGUUUUGGACACGGAAGAUGUCGCUAGAGGUCCUUUAAGUGGUAUUACUAGGUUAGCUGAUUCCCCACGGGUUAUGCAAAAAUUGCAGGAAAGCGAAAUGAAUAAGAAAAAGGAGAAGGAAAAUCCAACUCCGGUUCCUCAACAACCGAAAGUUGUUCCAAAAAAGCAACCUCCCCCAACAGCGAGACAAGUUAGCGAGGAAGACGAAAUUGCUAAAAUUAAAAAACAAAAUAAAGGAGCAACUACGUCAACGGCUGAGGAAACUCGAACCCCACCUGUUGUUGUUGAUGAGAGAAGCCGAAAGAGUGUUCAACCACCAGAGGCUACGGUAUCCAGCGCAGAAGACACCGACGAAGAAUCAAGCUCCCGACAAAGAAAAACAUCAUCAUCGAAAUCCACCCCAUCUCAAGGACGACGCCCAUCCGAAGUACAACAACACAAAAAAGCAUCGCGUUCGACCAGCUCCGAAUCAAGCUCCACGGAAUCUUCAACGUCAUCAUCAGCGAUUAGAACAACCGGGGCGCCUUUCACCACGGAAGAAGUAAAACAAAAAUAUUUAUCGAAAGCCCCAACGACGCCUCCAUCAAACACCCCAACAAAACAACCGUUUACAAGUCGAUUUUUGCCAAACAGAACACCCGCGGCCCCACCAACUCCGGCUAAAGAAGAAACCGAAAGUAGUAGCGAAGAAGAAACUGAGUCUGAGGAAGAAAGCGAAGAGGAAGUAGUCACAACUAAAAAAGACGCAACUAAAGAAAUGGCAAAAACCGAUAUAGGACCAUUACUUGCGAGGAGUGCUCAAGCUAGAGACAGCACGGAUAACUCGAGAAAAUCAAGCCGAGAAGAAACUAAUUAUCCUAGAUAUACCUCACCGAAAGAAGAUACUUCUCCGAAUUAUAGAAGAAGACCACCAGCAUCAUCUCAACCGCCAGAAGAAGAAUCACCAUCUAGAUAUAGUUACGCAAGUCGAUUUUUGAAUAAAAGUAAAAGUUCCGCUGCUGUAUCCCCCGAAGACGAUGACACACCCUCAUCGCGUUAUCCAACUGAAGACUCCGACAGCAAAUAUCCAUCGGGAAGAUCGCGUUAUAUGGCUUUAAAAGAACGUCGGCAGCGUUUAGCACGAAGCCGAUCAACUCAUAAUUUCGCCGACGAUGAUGAAAUUGACGAACCCAUCUCACCGACUUCCUCAAAUCCUUCUGCUUAUCUCGCUUCGAGGGGUUACGGAACAAGUUCGGCAACAGCUUCUGGGAAUGAUUUAGCGAGGAGUCGAUCUUCGCACGCGUUGAAAUCGAGGGAAAAUUCGCCGGAGCGGGGCUCGGCGGCGAGUACCACCGAAAAAGAUGGUGCCGCUUUGAGUUCUUGGGCGAGAUAUUUGAAGAAUAAGUAUGGUAAUCGAAGCAGUGGUGGGAAAGAUCGGGAGAGUAGUGCUUCUGGUGCUGUUUCGCCCUCUUCGAGUUCUUCGGCGGCGGCUAGAAGAUUGUCGUUGGGGUUGCCUUUGAGAUCAUCAACUGAAUUAGGAAGUUCUGAUGAUGAUCAAAAAAACAUGCAAGGCUCCCCCACUACCCAUACACCAGCUACGGUGGCAGCAGCCGGUAUCGCGGUAGCAGCAGGUAUCUCCCCUAGGAGUCAAUACCUGCAAAAAUGCCAUCAGCUGUUCCUCAUUGGUAGUCGGGGGAGCGAGCCUGGAUUAUUCACUUGGCCGAGAGGUGUAGCUGUCGGUCCAGAUAAUAGCAUAGUAGUCGCCGAUUCAUCAAAUCAUCGCGUGCAAGUUUUCGAUGGAAACGGAAAUUUCUUGAAACAAUUUGGUUCUUAUGGAAAUGGAGAGGGAGAGUUUGAUUGUUUGGCUGGAGUUGCAGUGAAUCGAAUUGGACAAUAUAUCAUUGCUGAUAGAUAUAAUCAUCGGAUACAAGUUUUUGAUCCAUCUGGGAGAUUCCUAAGAUCUUUUGGUAGUCAAGGUACAACCGAUGGACGAUUUAAUUAUCCAUGGGGUAUCACCACCGAUGCUUUAGGAUUCAUUUAUGUAUGCGAUAAAGAAAAUCAUAGAAUACAGGUUUUCCAAUCAGAUGGAACAUUUGUUGGAAAAUUCGGUUCAAUGGGCAAUAAAGAAGGUCAAUUAGAACAUCCUCAUUACAUAGCCGUUUCGAAUACAAAUAAAGUAAUUGUAUCCGAUUGUAACAAUCAUAGGAUACAAAUUUUUGAUAUAAACGGAAAAGUCAAUCAUGCUUUUGGUACUGAAGGUUCUGCCGAUGGGCAAUUUAAAUUUCCAAGGGGAGUUGCUGUUGAUGAUCAAGGAUACAUCAUUGUAGCAGAUUCCGGAAAUAAUCGCAUUCAAAUUUUUAAUCCCGAUGGGACUUUCUUGAGGUGUUUUGGAAAUUGGGGUUCUGGAGAGGGCGAAUUUAAAGGACUCGAAGGGAUAGCCGUGUCUUCGAACGGGAAUAUCUUGGUCUGCGAUAGGGAAAACCAUAGGAUACAAGUGUUUUGAAUCUUUAUAAAAAUUGUUUUCUUCUCAUUUUAAAAGUAUUGUAUUAAGUUUAUAUUGCCAUUUAUUAAUCAAACUCACACCAAUUUCUAAUACUAUCUAUAUCCAUAAUUUUGUUUUUCUCUCUCUUUGUUUAUUAUGGAAUUAUUUUAGUGUGUUUAACUUUCAAUAAUAAAAAAAUAUUU